AUGGCUUCCGUGCAAUUUACAGGGGACGACAAUAAUGAGGGGGUUCACGAAAGUAACGAAGUUCAGGAGGUCAGCAGCAAUAUCUCCAAGCCAACCAAACGCCAAAGAUGGGCCACCACGCGCCAUACGGGCUCCGGCGGCGUGCGGAAACGAGUCUCAAUCAUAGAUCGCUUUCACAAGCGCUCGGAAAUGAGGGAUGAGAAGCGCAAGUCUGCAACUCCGAGCACUCCGGCCGCAUCCACCAACGGCGAGGACAGCCAGCAAUCUGGUCCCAAUCGAACGAUCUAUUUCAACGUUCCGAUCCCUGAAGACGAACGAGACGAGGAUGGGCACCCCAUCCACACCUAUCCCCGAAACAAGAUUCGUACCGCCAAGUAUACAGCUUUGACAUUCGUGCCCAAGAACAUCUGGCUCCAGUUUCACAACAUUGCGAACAUCUACUUCUUGUUCGUCAUUAUUCUCAACUUCUUCUCGAUUUUCGGUGCCAACAACCCUGGUUUGAACGCCGUCCCCUUGAUCGUCAUUAUCGUUGUGACCGCCAUUAAGGACGCCAUCGAGGAUUGGGGCCGAACCGUAUCGGACAAUCAAGUGAAUAAUUCCCCUGUAUAUCGCCUUGUGGAAUGGAACAAUGUGAAUUCGACCGAAGACAACAUCUCGCUCUGGCGUCGGAUCAAGAAGGCGUCUACGCGGAGCGCCAUUUCCACGUACCACUGGGGUAAGAAACUUUUCACCAAGAAGAAGGAUCAGGAUGGUGAUCUCGAGGACGGACAACGACGCGACUCUUUCCUCACCACAGGGGACCCACGGGCCUCGAUAUAUUCGCACCGAGACUCUCUCGCCGUCGAUGCCGCCAUUCCGAUGACUGAAGUUCAGUCGCCCCAGGCUGAAGUCCGGGAAGACUGGCCUAUCUCCAGCGUCCCUGAGAACAAGUACCUCUCUCCUAAUAGCGCUCUUCGAGAAAGCGUCAUGUCGCCGACAUCACUUGACAAGAAAACCGGAAGCGUGCUCGACAAGACGAAGCAGACCCCGGGAACCGCUCGAUUCAAGCGGGAUUACUGGAAGAGCAUCCAGGUUGGCGACUUUGUGCGUCUCUACAAUGAAGACCCGAUUCCGGCCGAUAUCGUGAUUUUGGCCACUUCUGAUCCCGAUGGUGCCUGUUAUGUUGAAACGAAGGGCCUGGAUGGUGAGACGAACUUGAAGGUCCGUCAGGCGCUUCACUGUGGUCGCCAAGUUCGACAUGCUCGCGACUGUGAGAAGGCUGAAUUCACGAUCGAGAGCGAAGCCCCUCACCCCAACCUGUAUGCUUACAACGGUGCGAUCCGUUGGGAUCAGCGCGACCCGAACUUCCCGGAUGCUCCCCGCAAGGAGAUGGUCGAGCCCAUCACAAUCAACAACAUGUUGCUUCGUGGCUGUUCCCUGCGCAGUACUGAGUGGAUUCUUGGUGUGGUCGUCUUCACCGGUGGCGAGAGUAAGAUCAUGCUCAACUCUGGCGCAACUCCCGCAAAGCGUGCUCGUCUGGCCAAGGAGCUGAACUGGAACGUCAUCUACAACUUCAUUAUCCUGUUCAUCAUGUGUCUGCUUGCGGGUAUUGUGAACGGCGUUGCAUGGGCUGCUCCGGAUAAAUCCCUGGACUUCUUCGACUUUGGGUCCUACGGUGGCACCCCCGCCGUUACGGGUAUUGUCACCUUCUGGACCGCUCUGAUUCUGUUCCAAAAUUUGGUCCCUAUUUCGCUCUACAUUUCCCUGGAAAUCGUCCGUACCAUCCAGGCUGUCUUUAUUCAUAGUGAUCUUUACAUGUACUACGAAAAGCUUGGGCUUUACUGUGUGCCCAAGUCGUGGAACAUCUCAGAUGAUGUGGGACAGGUCGAGUACAUCUUCUCUGACAAGACUGGUACUCUUACGCAGAACGUCAUGGAGUUCAAGAAAGCCACCAUCAAUGGUAUGGCCUAUGGCGAAGCAUACACCGAAGCUCAGAUUGGCAUGAGACGCCGUGAAGGCGCUAAUGCUGAUGAGGAAGCUGCCGUGGCUCGUGCACAGAUUGCAGCUGACGGGAAAAAGAUGCUGGAAAUGCUGCGUCGCAUUCAUGACAACCCGUACCUGCAAGAUGAAAACUUGACUUUCAUUGCUCCGAAUUUCGUGGCGGAUAUUGAAGGACAAUCCGGACAAACUCAAAAGGCCGCUGUGGAACACUUCAUGUUGGCUCUGGCUCUGUGUCACUCCGUCAUCACCGAACAUACUCCAGGUGAUCCUCCCCAGAUCGAGUUCAAGGCGCAAUCGCCCGAUGAGGCUGCCUUGGUCAGCACUGCUCGUGACUGUGGCUUCACGGUUCUUGGCCGUGCUGGUGAUGAUCUUUUGCUCAAUGUCAUGGGCGAGGAGCGCACCUACACUGUCCUGAACACUCUCGAAUUCAACUCUUCGCGAAAGCGUAUGAGUGCUAUUAUUCGUAUGCCCGAUGGUACUAUUCGUCUGUUCUGCAAGGGUGCCGACAGUAUCAUCUACUCGCGUCUGGCUCGUGGUAAGCAGCAGGAGCUUCGACGCCAGACUGCCGAGCACCUCGAGGAAUUUGCCAAGGAAGGUCUACGAACGCUGUGCGUUGCUGACCGUCUUCUUAGCGAAGAGGAGUAUCAAGUUUGGAACCGGGAACAUGACAUUGCCGCUGCCGCCAUCACUGACCGCGAAGAGAAAAUGGAGGAGGUCGCGAGCAAGAUCGAGCAGGAGCUGAUGCUCAUUGGUGGAACAGCGAUUGAGGAUCGUCUGCAAGAUGGCGUGCCAGAUACCAUUCAACUGCUUGCAGAUGCCGGCAUCAAGCUAUGGGUUUUGACCGGUGAUAAGGUCGAGACUGCAAUCAACAUUGGCUUCUCGUGCAAUUUGCUCAACAACAACAUGGAUCUGAUCGUUCUCAACAUCCCCGAGGGUCAACACGAGCAAGCAGCAAAGGAGCUUGAUAAGAAUCUUCAAACCUUCGGUUUGACUGGUUCCGACGAAGAGCUCAUCGCUGCUCGUUCAGAUCAUUCGCCACCGGAACCCACUCACGCCGUGAUUGUCGAUGGUGAAACGCUUAAGAUGAUGCUGGACGACGAGCUCAAGCAGAAGUUCCUCCUGCUUUGCAAGCAAUGCAAGGCUGUUCUUUGCUGCCGUGUUAGUCCUGCCCAGAAAGCGGCCGUUGUCAACAUGGUCCGGCAUGGUUUGAACAUCAUGGGCCUGGCCAUCGGCGAUGGUGCCAACGACGUCGCCAUGAUUCAAGAGGCGGAUGUUGGUGUCGGUAUCGCCGGUGAGGAGGGUCGACAAGCUGUCAUGUCCUCGGACUAUGCUAUUGGACAGUUCCGAUUCCUCCAGCGCUUGCUGCUUGUUCACGGAAGAUGGUCUUACCGUCGUCUAGGCGAGUGUACCGCCAACUUCUUCUACAAGAACUUGGUGUGGACCUUUACUCUCUUCUGGUACUGUUGCUUCAACGACUUCGACGGCUCCUAUCUCUUCGAUUACACCUAUAUCGUCCUGGUCAACUUGGCCUUUACUUCGCUGCCGGUUAUCUUCAUGGGUAUCUUUGAUCAAGACGUCGACGAUCGGGUGUCUCUUGCCGUACCUCAAUUGUAUAUGCGCGGCAUUGAGCGUAAGGAGUGGUCGCAGCUCAAAUUUUGGAUGUACAUGGCCGAUGGCUUAUAUCAGUCGGUGAUCUGUUUCUUCAUGCCUUAUAUGCUAUUCCAGGUGGCCAACUUUGCUACCGAGAACGGGCGAGACAUUGCUGACCGAACCCGUAUGGGCGUUCUGGUUGCGACUUGCGCCGUCCUCGCCAGUAACUUGUACAUCAUGAUGAACACUUACCGCUGGGACUGGUUCACCUGUUUGAUUAAUGCGAUCAGCUCGCUUCUGAUCUUCUUCUGGACUGGAAUUUACUCGUCCUUUACAGGGGCUGGUCAGUUCUACAACGCGGCGGCCGAGGUUUAUGGUGCUCUUAGCUUCUGGAUUGUGCUGCUUGUGACCAUCAUGAUCGCCUUGCUUCCCCGGUUCAUGUACAACUCGAUUCAGAAGGUGUUCUUCCCCCUGGAUGUCGAUAUCAUUCGUGAGCAGGUCACUCUUGGCAGAUUCAAGCACCUGAAGCAGUACGAAGACUAUGUGCCACCAAAUGUGGGUGCGGCGGCGAUCGUUGGCUCCGGUGAUGGGUCGGCGACCUCCUCUGAGAUUGCCAAACCAAUUCAGCCUGCCGUGAAGCAGGACCAACCCGACCCUGAGGGUGCUCAACAAUACUAUGCACCUUCUCAGCACACCAACGGCCAUAACCCUCGCAGCCAGAAUGGUAGCAAUGGCACCAACUACACCGAGAGCCUAGAUCAGUGUCCCCGACCUCAGUCAGUGGACUACGUCCGACGUUCCCACGAUCGAACACGACACUCAUUUGAGCGGAUACGGCACAGUUUUGAGCAGAGCAACGAUUUCACCUCGGCAGCUCGGCUUCAACGGAUGGAAUCAAGCCACACUCAACAUUCCAACCAAGAUCCGUUCCGCUCUCCAGGCGAGCCCCCUGCACAUAUGAUUUGAGAGUCACCCUUGCAUAGACUUAGCGCUGAUGACCCGUCAUUGACCAUUUCUCUUCCCCCCCCCCGUCUUUCACUGAGCCGGUACCCACCUAGCCUGUGGAUCUCUUCUAUUGCCUUCUACCCUUUCUAUCUUCAUGAGCAAUAUGCUGCGGUGUUUUCUUGACUUUUCUUCCCUUUUCUUUACAUCUGUUUCCAGCCUUGAUAUUCCCCUGAUAGAAAGCAGGCGUUCGGUAUACUACACUCGGUCGGAGGCUCGGCGCAUUUCCUUACCCUUUUUGGUCUUUCAGCCAAACCUCGUUCUCUCUAUACUACCAGGGAGUCUCUCGGCGGCUUCCGUUCUCCUGUCUUUUCACAUGUUUCAUAGUGUCUAUUUGCCCUUUGUACAAAAGCGUUCUUUGUCUUCCUGCAAUAAUAAUGCAUGACAAUUCGCAUUUGAUGGCCUCCCCGCUCUCUCUUAUUCUGUGAUUCCCGCUUCCUGGGGUUAUAUCUCCUUGGGAUUUUUCUUUUAUUCUUCUUUUGCACUCUAGUCUAUGGUGUUAUCUUUUGAUUUCUGUUGAGGCUUAGCAGGCAUGGCCUGGGGAUGAUAUUCAUGUAUGCCUCCAUGAGGGAAAGUUACUUAAUGCGAAUAUCACUUGAAUGUCGUAAAUUAACACG